ACGUGACCUGUAUGUCAGAUUUGAUAUGUUUCGCCACGUAUAAUGACGUACUGCAACCCGUAGUGUUGUGGUAAGGAUAGUGCAUAGUGGAAUGAGGCCUUGCGAAGGGGGCAAUUCACGUAGAUGGAAAAUAUAUAAACAGACGAUAACCUAGGAUAAACCAUGGACGACGACUUAGAGGUUCAGGACGAUCAGCAAGACGAGGAUUGGUAUCAGAACGACCUACAGUUGGCCGCGGAAUUGGGAAAGGCCUUACUGGAGAGAAAUCGAGAACUAGAAGCUCAAGUCAUUUAUCUUCAGCAAAUCAACAAUGAACAAAACAUGGAAAUUGAGUACAUUACACGGCAGUUGGAGACAGUCAGAGAUAGCAGCGAGUCACGCAUGCGCAUCUACGAGGAGAUGGACAGAACCUCACAGGAACUGGAAAAGACAAACCAGAGACUCCAUAUAGACGCCAAGACCGAUAAGCAAAGAAUAGAGAAGUUGAUGAAUACCGUUUUACAGUUGGAAGAAAAAUGUGACGAUUUGGAAAAAAAGGUGGAAGACAUGAAAGCAGAAGAAAAGCGUUUGAAGCAAAAGCAACAGAAACAAGAUAAUCGACGCGCAGUGAGUUUGGCCAGUCUCCGUGAGAAGGAAAGGAAUUCCUAUCUUAAAGAUAUCCUAAACGAAGACUGCCACUGGACAUACAACAAUCAAUUCAAAAAACUACCUCUAAAUCCUUACGAACAGGAGAUAAAGAGUCUCCAGGAAGCUGUCAAACAGCUCAAAGCGCAGGCGCUAAUAGACAGGAGAAAGAAGGAAGACCUUGAAACGGAAGUGUCGUUACUCUGGGAUGAAAACGCUGGUCUGGAAAAGAAAGCCAGGUCACUAGAGGAAAACGUGAAAGAGAACAGUUAUCUAAAGUUUGAGAUACAGCGACAAAAAUUGAAUCUUGGUAAAUACUGUAAACAGUGUUCCAAUGACUUAGUGGAGCUUAAAACAGCUAUUGAAAAGGAGAUAGAACCAGAUGAACCGCAGGUCGGCGCAGGAAAACUGGUCCGAUUGGAAAGUGGAGGAAGUGUGUACGGAAGCACAGAGUCUUUGAACAAAAUCGUCCCUGAUAUCCAGGAGGUCUCUCCUGUCGAUGACCAGGAUACCAGCACAGUAUCUAUCCUGGACGAACUGGAAACACAAUACAAAAACUUGUUCAAGAAGUACGAAGAUCUUCUACAAAAUAAAAGCAAGCGGCCCAGUAGUUUCCACGAGAGUGAGACUUUCGACGAAGCUCUCCACAAACAGUUGGCGGUUUCUCAUAAAGAGGUACAGACCCUGCUGAAAAUGCAGAAGACGACUAACACUUCUGACGCUGCGUCCUCAUCAGAACAGGACACCAGUCUCCCUCACUACAAGUCUCUGUUCCGGGAUAUCUUUGCUACAUUAAAACAGACACGGAUAGACGAAUCCUCGGAACAACCCGCCACAAGCCCGCAUUCCGCUGAGCCCAAACCACUUGCAUAAUACCCUACGAUCGUAUUUUGAUAAUCUAGUCUUCAACAUCAGUAUUUAUGUAGGCCAAUAGAACAAAUUCUAACACUGAUUGAUUAAAACUACCCUAGUCUUGCUAAAGAGGCAUCAAACGCACAAAACUAAUAGAUUUAUCAUAUUGUUGAAGAGCGUAAUUAGAAUAUAAAUCCCGCCGCACUAGUAAAAAGCGCUCUUUGUAAAUAUGGAUGAAGGAUUUAGCGUUGAUCCUUUCCAAUCUAUGGUCUUCUGCGCUGUAUAGACUUUCAUUAGUGUAGGAAUUGACUGUUAGUGUACGUGCAAACAAUACUGCCAUAAACAUGUACAUCAGAUAUAUAAUGUAUAAGUAAAUCAGUAGUGUGUGUGUCAGUAUGUACUCAUAUUGUUUGUUCAUUUAUCAAAAUGCUAUGGCAGUGUUCAUGUAUUAUUUCUACUGUUAUUUUUACCACAUUUUGUUAAGAUACAUACUCGUUCAAAUGAUAUUGUUGUAAUAUAUGGGUAUAUUAUGUUAGAUACAUUAUUUGCUGUCGAAUGCAAUCAAUAUACGUUGUUUUGUACCCGUUCAAUAAAGUUGAUAUUGAA